UACUCCAUGUCUGAUUCCAACAUAACUGACUUCACCAACCCCUCCACCUUCAUCCUGCUGGGCAUUCCUGGACUGGAGAUAGACCACGUCUGGAUCUCCAUCCCCUUCUGCACCAUGUACGCCAUAGCCAUCUUGGGGAACUUCACCAUCCUGGUCACUGUGAAGAUGGAGCAGAGCCUUCAUGGGCCCAUGUACUAUUUCCUCUGCAUGCUGGCUGUCAGCGACCUGGUCCUGUCUACAUCCACCCUGCCCAAAAUGCUGAGCAUCUUCUGGUUCAAUUCCAGGGACAUCGAUUUCAAUGCCUGCCUCACCCAGAUGUACUUCAUUCAUAGCUUCUUAGUGAUGGACUCUGGGAUCCUCGUGGCCAUGGCUUUGGAUCGCUACGUGGCCAUCUGCCAUCCCCUGAGACAUUCCACCAUCCUGACAAACUUUGUGGUGGGCAAGAUUGGCCUGGCCGUGGUGCUGCGUGGUGGCAUGCUCGUACUGCCCUAUCCCUUUCUGACAAGGCAGUGGCCAUAUUGCAGAACCAACAUCAUCCCCCACACACAGUGCGAGCACAUGGCUGUGGUGAAGCUGGCCUGUGCCAACACCCACAUCAGUAAUUACUACAGCCUCUCUGUGGCAUUCUUGGUGACCGGUCUGGAUGUGUUUUUUAUUGCUGUGUCGUAUAUCCAGAUUCUCAGGGCCAUCUUCAGCCUCCCCACAAAGGACACCCGGCUCAAGACUUUUGGGACCUGCGGCUCCCACCUAUUUGUCAUUUUAACCUCUUACAUCCCAGUUGUCUUCUCCUUCCUCAUGCACCGGUUUGGUAACAAUGUGGCGGUACAUUUCCAUGUUCUCAUGGCCAACGCGUACCUUCUAAUGCCCCCCAUGCUGCACCCCAUCAUCUACGGGGUGAGGACCAAACAGAUCCGGGACAGGUUGCUCCGGCUACUUACUCCUAAAGGAACCUAA